UGUCCCGCCAUCAUCAACGGACGAUGACGAAGGGUAUUUCGACGAUUCAAUCGACAGAAAGGUUGCAACUCAAGAAAGACAGCAAGAUGCUGUAGAAUAUGAUUUUGUGGAAGAUGACUUAGAUACUACAAACAAAAUGGAGGAUUUAGAUGAUAACGAACCAUUGACUGACGAUAUAAAUCUUCCAUUUCUCUACAAGAAUGAUCCAGGUAUCGUUAUAUUAAGCCCGCUUAAAGGGAAAAUGGGUUUUUCCCACUUAGGAUAGAGAUUCAGUAUAUUUCAAAACGUAAUUGCAGAUUUUCCUUAUCGUUUUUGUAUAUAAGAUAUUACCCUUCAUUUCAAACAAAAUUGUUAUGCAUUUCGCCAUCUUGGAUAUGCAUAUCCGUCGUCGGAUAUGCGUGACGUCACAAUUGGGGUAAAAUUAUUUUGUAUCUUGAGAAAUUCUAGGGGGAUUUUAAUGGUAAAUUCUACUUUUUUAUUCAUGUCGAUUUCAGAUUAAAGCGCAAGCUAUGUGUAAGCAUUCCGCUGAUGGUAUUUUUAUAGUUUUCAAACGUCUACCCUGGUUGUGAUGUAAUUUAGUUAGAUGUAAUUGUAAAACAAGAUGGCAGACGACGAGCAGCAGCGGUAUAUGUAGGAAAGAUUUGACGUUUCGAGCAAAAGCCCUUCCUUGGGAAGUUAGUAGCCUGGGUCGGAGAGCAUGUUAUACCAAACAUAUUUCCAAGUUUUUAAACUAUUUAAUUUUAUGGCACUUUUAUUCUUAUUAUUCUUAAAAUAUUCAAUUCAUGAUGUUAAAUAAUUGCACGCUGUAAUUCCGCAUCAUAAUCGUUUGAAGGUCCCAACCAUGCAGGAACAGUCUACUAUUAACUUUUUUAAAUCGAUUGAAUGAGUUGGUGCUUACCCUCAACAAUGCAUGGGUCCCAACUAUCCUACUUUUUUGUUUGUUGUUGAAAUACUGAGCUUCAAACAAUAUACUGAAGUGAUAUCAGUAUAUAUCACAAUAUACUGUGGUAGGUACAUAGGUGACUGCAUUAGCACAGCAUCAUGUUCUCUUGUCGAACUGGAGAUCUUUAUAUGGGACAUCAGUGAGACGAGUGCAUCUAGCUUUAUCAGCCUUUGCCUGACACAACAAGACAUUGGCAGUAUAUACAUUUAACUCUCACCCUAUUCUAUGCAAUAUAUUCAAAUCGUAUUUAAUUGUUGCAAUUAUCAUGUAGCUAGCUUCCAUAUUAAUAUAUUCAUGUGUGUGAUUUACAUUUUUUGUUUAAAUCUUGUUCUGAAUAAAUCUCUCUGUUUGGUUUAUUUUUGGCUCCUGUAAUUUUCCCGAUCCAUGCUAUUACUUCUGGACAAAGGUUCCUUCGCUCGAAGCAUCAAAGUUCUGUUUGUAUUUUUCCUGUAUGCCGCUGCACAGUUUGUCAACCUUUAUUUUCCUCUUUCAUUUCAGAAGCAGCGCAAGACGUUGAAGAAAUGCUCAAUCUGUGGGAUCUGUCUGAGGAGGAACGUGUGGAUUUUAUCUGCGCUUUACAGUACAAAAUUGUUCGUGAAUUUAGCAAGGCCGUAUCUUUGUACGAAGAG